CAAAAUGGUGAACAAUAUGGAUCACGGUUUGCCCAAGUUUCUCUUCUAGGUUAUGAUGAUUGGAAGAUCAUGAUGGAAGCACAUCUCUACGCUCUACAUGACUGCAUGUGGAUGGUGCUUGAGGAUGGACCCUUGAAAAUCCAAAUGGAGAAUCCUGAGAGGAAGCCAGCAACUCCAGAUGUAGUCCAGUACAUUCCAAAGCCCAAAGAAAAAUGGGAUGAUAGAGAUUGCAAAAAGCACAAUCUGGACAACGUCGCCAAAGCAGCCAUCUUCAAGACACUUGAUCCCAUCACCUUCUCCAAGAUUAAGCAUCUCAAGACUGCCAUGGAGAUAUGGCAAGGUCUUGGGAAGCUAUGUGAGGGAUCAGAGGACUUAAGAAAGCAGAAGAUAGAGGUCCUGCUUGAGAAGUUCAAAAGCUUCAAAAUGCUUCCCGGAGAAUCAUUUGAUAUAUUGGACGAAAGAUUCCACAAAAUCUUAAAUGAUCUUGCAUCACUUAACCACGUUCUUUCUCCCAAAGAAAAGAAUGUAAGGUUGCUGAGAUCACUUCCAACCGAGUGGUACACCAAAGCCACAGCCAUGGAAGAAGGAAGAAACCUGGAAAACUACACUGUCCAAGGUCUCCUUGAUGAGCUCAGAACCUAUGAGCACGAGCUGAAGAAGAAGAAGGAAGAACAAGUCACUCCCUUCCCUACGGCAUUGAUGACAACUCCAAGAGUCCCAUCAAGUGAAGGGACAGGCACAAGAAACUGUGACAAACCUUCCUCCAGCCAGCCGUCAAGCUCAAAAAUGGAGAACUACGAUGAGAAAUUUGUCAUGAUGGUCAAACAAUUCCGGAAGUUCAAGAAGUUCUUCAAGAAGGCUGACUUAGUCAGAAGGCCAUCCAAGGGAAAGCCACAGGUAAGUGAUUCCCCUCUUGAAUCUUAUUUAUGUUAUAACUGCAGGAAGCCUGGUCACUGGAAGUCAGCAUGCCCGUACCCAAAGGUGGAGAAGUACGGAGAAAGAGAGAGGAACGAGAAGAAAAAGAAGGCAAUGAUUGCUGCUGAAAGUGACGAGUCAUCCAGCUCAAGCUCGGAUGAAGAAGCCCUCGUCUGCAUGGAGCGCAGAGUUGAGAAGUCCAACCAUGAGGAUAGGUGGACUAUGUCAGAAGAUGACACUCUUUGCCUAAUGGCCAAAGAUGAUGCUGAUCAAGAGGUAACUUCACAAACCUCCUGCUCAUCUUCUUAUGAAAGCAUACCAACUUCUGAAAAUCUUUUUGACCAGUUCAAAAAGAUGAUGGAAGAUUUUGAGGAAAUAAAUCUCAAACAUUCAUCCUUAACAGAGGAGAACAAACUAUUGAGUGAAGAGAAUCUCAAGUUGACUGAAAGUCGGAAAAGUCAACUGAAUGAGAUCACUCAACUCAAGACUGAAAAUGAAUCUCUCUCUAAAAAGGUAAAAUCCCUUAACAAAGAGCUAGGGAUACUUAAGUCCAAAGAAGCAGUGGACAAGCUUCUUGAAACGACCAAACAAAAGGGUCGUGAAGGACUUGGGUUUGACCCCUCUAGUUCCAAAAGGAAAGGGAGAACAACUUUCAUCCCUCCUAAACCUACUGCCAAACCAAAUAAGCAGAAAGGAAAGGAAAAGGAGAAACCAACAGAAGUUCCCAAAAAGUGGCUGUUCAAGACACAUGACGGGUGAUGCGAGCCUUUUGAGCAAUCUAAUUCCCUAUGAUGGUCCAAGAGUUACUUUUGGAGGAAGCAAUGAUUUCAGCCUUACUAAAGGGC